UGCAGCUUCUCUACAUUUAUCGAUGAAUAGUGUUUUUCGUACUUUUAUCUUCUAAAUUUGAUAGACAUAGGACAAUUCAGAUUUUCUUGGUAUGUAAUUGUUUAGGUAAAGAUGUUGUCUACUGAUAUGAAAAGAUUGGGAAGACAAGUACACGUAGUGUAAGCGUGAACGAAUAACAAGUGGACAACUAACCAGUGAACAAGAACAACUGACCAGUUAUAUUGUUAUCGUCGAGUUAUUAUAUGCGAUUAACCUCAGAAUUACAGUAAGCGUGUCUACACAAGAAAUCCACAACAAGGUAUACCCGGGUUUCGUUGAAAAUGCUAAUACUGCACUUACAGAGGAAGAAAAACUGGAGGAACAUUUUUGUUUGUUUUUACUAAAUGAAUGAAGAAAUAUGAUAUAUUGUCGUAUAAUAAACAGAGUUUCUUAUUUCUGUUUUUCCUUUGAAACGAUAAACAGACUCUGUGAAGCAUCACCGCCUUGACUGUCAUCUGGUUUGAACUACUGAAAAGAAUGAUUUGUAGAUAAAUAUUUAGUUCUUUCAGAUCUUUCUCUCUCUUGCUGUUGUCUAUAUGAAAAUGGCAACAGUAACACAAGUUAAAUACGGUGCUAUGAUCGACGAAAAUAUCACAACUGCUGGAAAAAGUAAAAUUAAUCUACAAGCAAUACUUGAAAAGCAAGACUAUGCCCUUCUAAAACAUUAUCAACAUGCGAAAGCGUAUGAACCAUCAACUGUUAUGUUCGGCACAUUAGCUAUGCUGGGACAUUUUGGACGAAAUUCUCAAUAUUGUCAUUAUUUAAGCGAUGAUGUGUUUCCAAUCAAUUUGUAUUGUGUAUUAGUUGGACCGUCAGGAUCUGGCAAAACGUCGAUUAUCAAAAGAAUUAAACAAGCAUCACGCAAAUGUGAACGUACAUUUACGGAUUUUUAUUUAAAAGAAAUGGAGUUCGAUGGAAAAAUAAAAACAGUUACAUCUAUCAUUUCAAACGUCAAUAACUUAUCACUACGUAAACAUUUGGCAACAGGUAAUAAAUUGCUAGUUAAUGAUGAGAUAGACGUAUUCUUCGACCCACAAGGUGUUUACGAUUCCACUACAAAUAAAACCGUCGGUGAUGUUGGUCUUUUACUACAAGCGUUCGAUGGAAUUACGGAUGAUGAUCGAACAACAGGAUCCACGAGUGUAUAUAUAGAACAAGCACAUUUGUCAAUUUUGGGUGGAACCACAGGCACACAUUACUCAACGUUGUUAUCAUGUUUUGAAAAAUACAGAGGUUUCGAAGGCAUUCAUAAUCGAAUGUUAUAUUUAGUGUUAGAACCAUUCGAUCCUAUACGACCUCAGCAUCUUCGAAAAGGAAAACGAUCAAAAAAUAUGCCCACACUGGCACAUUACGCGAUAAUCGCUCAUUUGUUUGGUGACGUUCAGUAUGAAUGGCAAAUGUCAGACGAAGAAAAACAACGUAAACAGCGAGGUUCGUAUUGUUAA